UAAAUCCCAACGGUCUUGUUGAAAUCUCUUUGGUGUCAGCUCCUUUCAACAACCAAAAAAAAACGUUGCAUUUCACCUGUGAAUCCAUACACUUUAUUGAUCUCUUUUUAUUUUCUCAUUUCUCCAUUUCUGUACAAACUGUAUUCAAGAAGAAGAAGAAGAAGAAGAUCUUAUGGAAAUAGCUGUAAUUGAUUGGAAAACCAUUGAUUCAAGAUUCGUUAAAGAUGAUUUGUACGAGCAUUUUAAAGCUCCUCAAUGGGUUGAUUUCUUUGCUUCUGAUGCUCCUGUUGAUGAUGAUGCUUGGUUCUGUAGACCUGAGUGUAAUCAUCCAAAGACAGUGGAAGAUUUCUAUAAAGCAGCUACCCCUUCCUCUUCCUCCUCUAAGCUUCAAAGGUCAGCUAGUGUAUCUGAUAUUCCUCUUGGGGAACGAAAUAGAAGAGAUGCAACACUGAAGAAGAGGGGGCAAAUUCAGCCAUCAGUAUCAUUGAAUAAAGACUUGAAAUGUGACAAGAUUGUUGAAGAUAGUGAGAAUCAGAAUCCCAAUUUUGCAACCCCUCCAAGGUUCAAGGCUAAUAAUAAACUAAUGAAACAAACAAUCAAGUCGAGCACGGAGAAGAAGCCACCAGUGGAUGAAAAAGAAGAACAGCAGAUACCAAAGUUGAGAAGUACUCUUUCAGCUAAGAAUCUUUUUGCUGGUGGAGAUUUGUUGAACAAGGUGUCUGAGUUUUGCAACGAGCUGAAGAGACUAGUGGUCACCAGGACUAGAGAGAGAGAGAAGUGUGCAGAUGAGAACUUGGAAACAAGUCCACUUAUGGAGCCAAUUAUUGUUGAUGAUAAAGAAAGGGAAAGGAAACCAUUUAUGGAGAUGAACAAAGAGACUAAUGAACUAGUGGCAAAGAGCAGCAACACUAAGGAGAAACAGAGAAGGAAACUGAGAAAUGAUAAUGCAGAAAACACACCGAUACUGGUGGAUGUGAAGAACAUUAAGCGCGGAGAUGAAGAUAUCUUGUCUCACAUCCGCACAAAUCCUCCUACUCCUCAGUGUUUCUCAGCCAGCCGUGGAAUUGCAAAGGCUUUGAAAUCCAGGCCUCUGGAGACAAGAGGGAUCCUUCAAGAACUGGAACAAAGCAACAAUGAAGGGAAGAGACGGGAAGAUCCCGGGAAGAUGAUGAGUAACAAUAAUCAACAAGGACAGAGAGGUGGUGCUAUUGUUGCUGAAAAAGAAGCUGCAAGAGCUUUGGAUGUUUUCUGGUUCUUGAAGCCUUGUACACUUGCCAGCUGAGAGAGGUCAAGCCACUGUUGCUGCACAACAUUUCAUCAAGUGUAGUUAUUCUUUCAUACUCAAAAGAGUCAAUUUUUUUUCCGUAAGACAACAUUGUUUCAUUCUUUAUAGUCUCUGAUACACUCAAUCAAUCUCCAUUUAUAAUUUGAUCUAUGAGGAUAAUAAGUUGUAAGAAAACAGUUCAAAGGUCCAGGGUAUUAAAUAACAUUAUCCAUUUACUGUUCUUUUGGAAUAUAUGCUUUAUCCUGUGUGAAGUUGGAAAAGUUGAUUUUUUAAACUAUGGACAUAGUAUAGUAUUAAAAGGAUAAGAUUAUGAAAGUGUGAUUGAUUGUUACCAUAGUAACCACAACAACAGCUAUAUUCCAAUAUCUCCAAAUCCAUUUAUCAUCAUCAUUCCAACAAAUGGACCAAGAUAGAUGGAGCACCAAAAAGAACCCCACAGCAGAAAAGGAGUCCCCUCCAUCUUUUCACUUUGCAAUAAUUUUUCUUAGAACAAUGAUAACCAAAAAACAGCAAUAUUCAGAUCUCAUAAACCCCAAGAAACAAGUUUAUAAUGAUCCAACGAUUAUCAAAUUCCUUGAACCUUGAAUUGUGCUAAUCAAAAAAAAGGGACAGCCCCGGUGCCCUAAGCUCCCACUAUGGGCAGGGUCCGGGGAAGGACCAAGACCACAAGGGUUUUUCAAGCAUUUUCCAGUUGGGAGUCAUUUCUGCCAGAGUUUUUCACGACUUGAAACCAUGACCUCCCUCCCGGUCACAUGGAGAGACCUCCCCGUUAUAAAAUAAAAUGAAAUUUGCAUAGAAACAAAUACCAUUAUUAAAUAAAAUGAAAUUUGCAUAGAAACAGAAACAAUUGCAACCUAAAAUAACCCUUUUAUUAACCCUCUUGAUUUAACAAGUACCAUCAAAUCUCUAAACCAAAGAGAAGAAGAAAACCACCAAACAAUUCACAAAACCAGAGUUAUUUUAGGUACAACUUGAAAAGAGAAAAAACAAAGGAGGACCAAAACAUAUUAUUUACAAAGCAAAAAAGGCUUCAACUUUGCUAACUUAGUUAAUUCCAGAAUCUUGAAGAUUGAUCAGACCAUGAAUCUUGAAAAAUCUACCUUGUAGUAACACAAAGCAUACAAUUCAAGAUCCUACCCCAAGCAUUUCUUAGCCUGGGGUACAUCCUUCCAGUAUAAACACUUGAUUCCCUACAAAGAUCCUCCAUAGUUUCCACAAAAAGAUUCAAGCUUCUCAUAGGAGGUAUAUAAAGAGUCAAAGGCACUGCAGAAAACGCCACUGCAAAGAACAGAUGAAGCAUCUCAAAUCUAAUCCAGACCAACAAAAAUUCAAGAAAAGAGGAAGAUGGGGUUCUAUAGAAUUUGUUGAAAAGCUAAGAACUUGGAUUUUCUUGAGAAAAAAAUCCAAAAAGGGAGAUGGGUUUUUUUGCCUUUUGGUGAAUUUUUCUUGUGAAGAAAUGAAUUUAGAGAAAAGGAUUAAAAAGAAAAGAAAAAAAAAAAAAAAA